AUGCAUGGUGAGGAUCGUCUCAGGGAUCUUCUCAGGCGAUACGACACCAACCGCGACGGCAAACUAAGCAAAGAAGAACUGAAGGCAGCUUUCCGGAGCCUGGGGGUAGGUUUUAGUGGUUGGAGAGCUGGGAGAGCCCUCCGUCAUGCGGAUGCCAAUGAAGAUGGAUACAUUAAUGAAAAGGAGAUGAAUGAGCUUGUCGAGUAUGCUACCAAGUGGGGAUUUACUGUUAAUUAG